CGCCCAGUCCCCCACCCCGGUCCAUUUCCAGCACAAGAGCAUCGAUCGAUCUCUUUCGUUCAACAAUGGCAGAGCAUUUAUGCUACAAAUGUUAAUCACACAGCAGCGGCCAAUCAAUUUCCUUUUGUACGAGAAUCUCACCCUUGUUAUCAACAACCAAAGGUCACCCGGCAAUGGCGAUACCUGAAGAUGUGAUGGUCCAGAUUCUGCUAUGGCUGCCAGUUGUUUCUCUAUUCCGAUUCAAGUGCGUUUACAAAUCAUGGUAUGCUCUCACUACGCACCAAAACUUCAUACAAAACCACUUCUGCCACAACCUCUCCACCUCCAACAACAACAACAUGAGCGCUCAUUUUCUCGUUCACCGACGCGAUAAAGCCACCGGUGAUUAUCUUGUCUCUAGUCUUUCUUAUGAACCACUCCAAGCACUAUCUCUAACACAACCUCUACCGCCGCUGUAUUUCGGGAUCGACAGGAAGGUAGACGAUUUUGUCGUGGGUUCUUGCAAUGGUCUUGUUUGUCACUAUGAUAGCUAUGACUUGAAUAUUGUUCUAUGGAACCUUGCAACCAAAGAAACAAAGGUUGUCCCCAAAUCAACCUUGCCCCGCUCCCUUGCUUUCUUUCACGCCAAUACCAAAGGAAUUGGAUUUGGUUUUGAUGCCAAAACUAAUGACUACAAGAUAAUCAAGCUUCUUUGUUUCCAUCAUCCCAACCCUAACUUGUCGUCUUUUCAGAUUGAAUUCAUAGACCAAAGUGAGGUUUAUAGCCUACGCACCAAUUCUUGGAGAAAGGUGGAUAGCCCUACCUGUAUAAUUUUUGAUGGGUUUAAAGGCACGAGGGCAUACACAAACGGAUUGCUUCUUGGUGGGGAUUAUGUGGGUGGGAGAGUAUUUUAUCGUUUGACAUGAGCAAUGAGGCAUUCCUAAUAACACCGCUGCCAGAUGAAAGAAUUGUAGGGGGUAAAAAUGAGAAUUGGAGACUUUUUUGUGUUGAAUGAAAAGGUUGCUCUGGCUGUUGGAAUCAAAGAUGAAUAUCAGUCGGAGAUUCGGUUUGAUGUGUGUUUAUUGCAUGAAUAUGGUGUGAAGGAGUCUUGGAGUAAGCUGUUCACUCUUGGGCCUUUUACAGGAAUUAGAAAACCAUUAGGAUUUUGGAUGAAUGACACAGCAUUGUUCUUGGAAAGUAGUGAUGGACAACUAGUCGUGUAUGACCCCUCUACCAAAGAAAUGUGUGAUCUUCAGAUUGAUGGAGAACCACACUCGUUGCAGGUGAUUACUUAUAUGGAAACCCUAGUUUCUGUGAAGGGAGGAGGAGAUGAAUUUGAAGUUGAAGAACAGGGUGGUUCAUGAAAAUGGUUGGAUGCCCCAUCUUUCUACCUGUUCAAGGGGCAAAUAUGAAUUUGAAAAGCAGGACAUACUUUCAUGGAUGCCCUAGUUUAGACCAUAUGUUUUGUUUGUUUGUUUAUUGUUAUCAAAUUAAUGAUGUCUUCCUCCCUUGCCUCUCUUACAUAUAAACCUUAUCCCUCUUACCUUCCACUGAUGCUCUCCAAGGUGAAGCUUUUGCUGUUCAUUUGACUGCUAUGUUGGCUGUCUCCUCUGGUUGUGGUAGUCUCAUACAGGAGGGUGAUGCUCUUUUGGUUGUUCUUGCCAUUAACAAUCCCUCUCUAUUCUUUUCUUGGACUUUUGCUAAUUGUAUUUAUUACUUCUAUCUUCAUUUUAAAGAUGAAAUGCUUUGAACAUCU